AUGGAGGCUUCAGUAUUUUUAUGUUUUGGAUUUUGGCAGGUUGUAGUUGGUCAGCUUCCUUCCCCGGUAUCUCUUUGGCCAUUAGCAAAAUCUUCAUUCUCUUACGAUGUUAUUAAAGGUGAAGAUGGCGUAUUCCCCAAAUUAACUGACUGCUUCAAAGCUGACGAGACCGGAAAUCCAGCUCUACGAUAUGGCGCGUUGUAUUUGGACGAUGUUGAAAACUCUUAUAUCGACAUUGCAAUACCUGGACCAAACAUGGAGUCCUUUGCAAUAAGCUUGCAGCUUUAUGCCGAGCGUGAUUCCUUUUCGGUGAUGCACUUUUUGUCAGACAAUAAUGAAAAUGGUGUUUCAACCAUGGAAAUAAGGAUCACCGAAAGAGAAUUAACUCUAUUUCUUGAACAUGUAGGAUUCAUAUCGAUAACAGAUUUUUUGGAUCUUAAGACAUGGAUAACGCUAACCUUUAGCUACAACUAUGUAUCAGGAGAAUUUAAGGCGUAUAAAAAUGAAGACCUUGUAGAAAGCACUAUUGGUAACGCUAGAGUUAAACUAAUUCUACCAGCAAUUCUUAGACUUGGUAAUCCACAAGUCGACCAUAUUCGGAACCAAUUCAAGGGAAUGAUGACCUGCUUAGCGUUUUACAACGUCUCUGAAGGAUUUGACACCUAUUUUCCUGACAUGAAGACAUAUUGUGAUGCUGCCUGGACAAAUCCUCCCCCAAUGGCUCCUGUCUGUUUCGAUGAGACACCAGUUUGUCUGUUUCCUCUUGAUGAUGUGAAUUAUGUAUGUGAUGUCAUUAAGCAUGUUCAACCAGUAAACAAGGAUACAUGUUUCAGAUUUUCUCAAAAGCAUCCAGAUCUACCCAAUAAUGCAAUAUAUUUUGACGGUUCAAUAACAUCUACCGUUCAGUCGAGCAUUGCUAUCAAAUAUUUCCAGAAUGACUUUACAAUCGCUUCGUUCUUAUUUCUAUCUGAAAAUUCAUUCGGAACUAUAUUGGAGGUAAUCUUUGAAUCAAAACCAAUUUCCUGGACUGGAAUCAGCAGAGUUGAAGUAUCCGUCAACGGAACCCGACAGUUACUUGUUCAGCUAUUUAAUUCUGGUAAAUGUGGCCUUUUAGUGACGACGCAAUUGUCUUACAAUACUUGGUACUCUUUUUCACUUCAAAGAAUCGCUGAUUCCAGGAAGCUCUCGAUGGUUCUGGAUGGUACUGAAGUGGAUAUAAUUGAUAGUUGUGAUACUUCUGCUAUUAAUGACUCUUAUACAGCAUCAUUGUUUCUUGGUGGUGGAAAUAAUCUGAUGAACUAUCAAGGGCAGAUGCGAUGUCUACUGGUAUUUGACUCUUGGUUGCAUCCGUCUAUUAUUAAUGCGCGACUUAAAACUAUUUGUGGACAACAGCAAGCAGUAACAGGUAAUUUAUGUGACCAACAACCAACCCUGAAGAGCCAGAUGUUUAUCAAGCUGAAGCCAGAUUCAGUUCCUAAAAUGGAUAUCGAACCAUUUCAUGUUAUCUCGACCACAGAUAUAAGUCGUUGUUCCAGUCACUGCGUCGUGACUGAAUUCUGUAGAGCUUUCACUCUUAGUGGAUCUCGAUGUUCACUUUAUGAUUUUGUGACAACCCAACAUUUUAAUUCAGUUGUGGGUACCGACUAUUUCGUCUCACAAUUUUAG